CAGGGAAAACAUGAACAUCACUAACUGUACUGCAGAAGCCAGUGUGGCUGUGAGAGCCAAGACCAUCACUGAGAAGAUGCUCAUUUCCAUGACUCUCGUGAUCAUCACCACCCUGACCAUGUUGCUAAACUUGGCUGUGAUUAUGGCCAUCUGCACCACCAAGAAGCUUCACCAACCUGCCAACUACCUGAUCUGUUCUCUGGCCGUGACAGACCUCCUGGUGGCAGUGCUAGUCAUGCCCUUGAGCAUCAUGUACAUUGUCAUGGACAGCUGGAAGCUAGGGUACUUUAUCUGUGAGGUGUGGCUGAGCGUGGACAUGACCUGCUGCACCUGCUCCAUCCUCCAUCUCUGUGUGAUUGCCCUGGACAGGUACUGGGCCAUCACCAAUGCUAUUGAAUAUGCCAGGAAGAGGACCGUCAAGAGGGCAGGACUGAUGAUCCUCACAGUCUGGACUAUCUCCAUCUUUAUCUCCAUGCCCCCUCUGUUCUGGAGGAGCCACCGGCAACCCAGCCCGCCCCCUAGUCAGUGUGUCAUCCAGCAUGACCACGUCAUCUACACCAUUUACUCCACUCUUGGGGCAUUUUAUAUUCCCCUGACUUUGAUACUGAUUCUCUAUUACCGGAUUUACCACGCAGCCAAGAGCCUUUACCAGAAAAGAGGGUCAAGCCGGCACUUAAGCAACAGAAGCACAGAUAGCCAAAAUUCAUUUGCAAAUUGUAAAUUCACACAGACUUUUUGUGUGUCUGACUUCUCCACCUCAGACCCUACCACAGAGUUUGAAAAGAUCCAUACGUCCAUCAGGAUCCCUCCCUUUGACGGUGACCUGGAUCACCCAGGGGAACGCCAGCAGAUCUCUAGUACCAGGGAGCGCAAGGCAGCACGCAUCCUGGGCCUGAUUUUGGGUGCAUUCAUUUUGUCCUGGCUGCCAUUUUUCAUCAAAGAGCUGAUUGUAGGUCUGAGCAUCUAUACCGUGUCCUCUGAAGUGGCUGAUUUUUUGACAUGGCUCGGUUAUGUUAAUUCUCUGAUCAACCCUCUGCUCUAUACAAGUUUUAAUGAUGACUUUAAGCUGGCUUUUAAAAAGCUCAUUAGGUGCCGAGAACAUACUUAGAUUGUAAAAAACCAAAAGGCAUGAUUUUGACCAGCCUGAUGAAUGGAAAUGGG